AUGGCGGAUGAUCCUGCCAUUCUAAAUGAUUGUCAAGGCCUGUCUGCAAAGUGGAAGUGGACAUAUCGUCAUGAAGAUCGGUUACGAAACUUGCUCUAUACAGGCUUUCAAAGCGAUUUGGUUCUCCAUUUACGUCCAGCAGGAACAAAGGUCCCCGUCCACAAAAUAUUUCUCCAAGCCGGCUCACCCGUGUUAAAUUCCAGGAUUAUGAGUAAUGGAACAAAGGAGGAGCUAAUUAUUGAAAACGUGGACACUCGCGUAUUCCAAAAGUUCUUAAUGUUUCUGUACACUGGAAAAUCCAACGCCAAAAUUGGCUCGGCGCUUCCCCUAUUACAACUUGCAACGGAAUAUGAAGUCAAUGGAUUAAGGGACUACUGCGUUAACAUUUUAAAAGGGACGUUGACCUUGGAAAAUGUGCUAUCAUUGUUUUCCAGUGGUAUGGAAUAUGCUCAUGGGGAUUUUAUCCAGUACACGCUUAACUUCAUUUGCGAGAACGCAAGCAAGGUUUUGCAAUCUGAGAAAUUUACUCAGCUUCGGUUGGAUUGUUUGAUUGAAAUUAUCCAGGAGGAUUCACUACAGGUCAAGGAUGAGAUGGAAGUGUUUGAUGCAGUUAAUCGGUUGGGAUUAAUAUGA